UGCUCGGAGAGGCGGGGGUUUUGAAGGCAUCAGGUGAGCUGAGCGGGAGAGAGAGAGAGAGAGAGAGGAGUAGAAGGAGGGAGGGAGGGAGAGAAACCCAUCGUGGACACAGCAGAGUUGGGCUGCAGGAAUACCAUAGAUAAGGGCUUGGCUAGUCCUUCUGGCAUUGGGGUCAGGUCAGUGGCAUGGCAAUCAAGGAUGUGAUGAUGGUCUGGGAUGGUCAGAGUGAGAGCCUCUGUGAAGCCGGAAGGGAAGCUAAACAUUUGGACUGAUCUAAAGCAAUCAUGCCCCUCUGAUAACAAACUCAACAGGAAGCGGCCAGUCUGCAGAGCCCUCCGCCUAAUCCGCAGAAGAAGAUCUGCUGAUCUAUGCAAAAGCUACCUCCUUUGAUGAUACCAUGGUUGUCAAGCAGGGGAGGCAGUGGAGGUCUAUUUGCAAAGGCCUUGUACUGGGUACCCUCCUAACCAGCUGCAUGAUCCUGUUCUACUGUCUGUCAUCACCGCAGAUUCAGUUCAACCUACCUGAACUGCCUGUGCCUUAUUCUUGUGCACACCGUCCAGCACACACUGCUUCCAACACAAACACCUCUGAGCAUGGCCAGGACCAGACACCCUGUGUUCCCAAGGUGGACAUCAUGUUCAUGAAGACUCACAAGACAGCCAGUAGCACAUUCCUCAACAUCCUCUUCCGUUUUGGCGAGAAACAUCGGCUCAAGUUUGCCUUCCCAAGUAGCAGGAACGACUUCUCCUACCCGUCCUCCUUCCAUCGCUCCCAGGUGAAGGACUACAGGCCGGGCAUGUGCUUUAACAUCAUGUGCAACCACAUGCGUUUCAAUGCGACCGAGGUGGCCAAGGUACUGCCCUCUGACACCAUGUACAUCACAAUCCUGCGAGAUCCAGCAGAACUUUUUGAGUCCUCAUUUCACUACUUCCACAACUUGGUGCCUCUGACCUGGAAGAUCCCAGGGGAGGACAAGUUUGCUGAAUUCCUCAAAGACCCGAAAUACUACUAUGACUCGAAUGGCUACAACUCAUUCUACCUCAAGAACUUGCUGUUCUUCGACUUAGGACAGGACAACAAUUUGGAGCCGAGUGACCCGAGGAUUGAGGUGAGCAUCCAGGCCAUCGCCAAGCGCUUCCGGCUGGUGAUGCUGGUGGAGCACUUUGAGGAGUCCCUCAUCUUGCUUAAGGAUGCCCUCUGCUGGGAGAUGGAUGAUCUGCUCUUUUUCAAACUGAACGCCCGCAAAGACUCGACCGUGUCGAAGAUGACUAGAGAGCUGAGAGCCAGGGCUCUUGAGUGGAACGCCGCCGACUGGAAGCUGUAUCAGCACUUCAAUACCACCUUUUGGAGGAAGGUCGAUGCCUACGGGCAGGAGCAGAUGGCACGAGACGUGGCUGAGCUCCGGCGGCGGAACGCAGAGAUGGCGGGCAUUUGUAUCGAGGGUGGCCAGGCCGUGGAUGCAGGGAGCAUCGAGGAGACCGCAAUGCAGCCCUGGCAGCCCAUUGGUGAGAAGUCCAUCAUGGGUUACAAUCUGAAAAAAAAUAUGGGCAAAAUACAUCGCAAACUGUGUCGCAAGAUGCUCACGCCAGAGCUGCAGUACCUCUCUGACCUAGGGGUGAACCUGUGGAUCACCAAACUGUGGGGUUACAUAAGGGAAGUCAUUAACUGGUGAAUCGCACUAGUCCUUAAAGAAGGGACUAAAAGUCACCAAAGAGGACAAGUCAUGGUUUAUUUAAUAAGUAAGUCCGUAAUACUGGCAUAUGGUGCUCUUUUUGUCUGUUCCACUAGCUCAUUAGUUCUAAUGCUCUGUUUCUUUGAGUUUAUAGGCCUGAAACAGACCAUUUUAAAUAUUUAGAUGCAAAAUGUCAUUUAUUUUGUAUCACUAAAAAGCACAUUCCUGUUUGUGUUAUCUGAUGUAAGGGAUAGUUUCACACACUGAUGGUGGAGGCCAGUUUGCAAUUUGGAAUUUGAGAUGAAUCGGUGUGUGAGGUAAGUACAUCAUCAUGAUUACAAAGACAAAUUCAUAUAUUCAUUUACAGAAAACCAUGAAUCAUGAAUCACUAACAAAAUGGACACUUGUCAAGGUUUUUAAUGAGUCAAAAUUGUUCUGGACUAUUUGGUUCAUUUCCAAUUGUCACUGUGGAAAAGCUUUCAAACUUAGUGAGAUAAGUACUGCAACGGCAGCCUACUACUGGAAAGCAAAAGCAUUACAGCCUACGUGUGGUUGAGGACCAACAUAUGAUUCACCAGGUGUACUUCACCAAGUUUGUCCUGUUUGAUGUAUUCUUUACCUAUGAUAAAAUAAACUCAUCUGUUCUGUGUUGUUUUA